AUGGCUGGAAUCUUCUCCGUGGUCAUCGCCGUCAAUAGAAUCUUCUGCAGUUUCCUAUUAUCCGUUUCUCCAGAUCGUGAGCUCACAACUCAAAACCUUAAACACCUGAAGAUGGUCUUGGAUACCACAUCCACAUCUUUCGACUCCUCAGAUGACUCUCUGAACGAGGAAUCUCUCAAUUCCCGAUACGCCAAGAAGCGUGAAGCAGCGAAACGCCGGAAACUCCAACUUCAACAGCGGAGACUCGCAAAGAAGAGGAAGAUUCCGAAUGCUGUGAGAAUCGGGGAGAUGACGUCGUCGUCUUCAGAAUUCGAAUCUCCAUCCGCGGAGCCAGGAGAAUCUUUGGUACACGAUCAUGUUGAAUUGAAGGAAACUUCUGAAACUUCUUCUGGGAAUCCAGAUUCAUCAGAAGUGGUCGAAUCCACCAAAGCGAUUACUGAGAGAAAAUCGAUAACCAGACGGUUAGGAAACAUUUUCAAUCGAGUGCAUUCUUUCAUUGGGAACUUGAAGAAGAAGACUCCAGAAUCUCAAAAAUCGGAUCCUGCAAUUUCAUUAGUAGAGAAGUCUGACUUCGAUGAGUGCAAGAGUCUCCAAGAAGCGGAUGAGCUCCAGGUAGUCAGAAGUCAAUCGACAGGACUUCAGGAGCUAUCAGAUGAACUGGAAAUUGGAGAGGAUAAUGGAAAUUUUGCAACGGAAAAUCUGGAAAAACUAGAAGAAAAAGUGACCGGGUUUUCAAAAAGCCUAGUUCCAGCGCCAGUAACUGAUGUGACUCCAAAAGGGACGUCUACCCAAGAAGUCAACGAAAAGAAACUGACAUUUCAAGAGUAUCUAGCAGGACUGAAUGGGAACGGAAACAAUAUGGAGACAAGGACAUUGGAUCUGGAGUUAGUGGGAGAUGAGCAGUUUGAAGAUGGUCAAGAUCAGAAUACUCCUAUAACCUCGGAACAUCUCCCUAGAGUCAGAACAUUCAAGGAAUUAAAUCAAGAGUUUCAAGAAACUGUGAGUAAAGCAAAGUUAGAGAUUUCAAUGGUUGAAGAGACGAUGAGAAGACGGAGAGAAGGCGUUGUGGAGGAGAAGCCAAUGGUCACGGAGGUUGAAGAAGACUCCAGAAUCUCCGAGGAAUCAUUUUGGAAGGUUAUGAGAGAAGCAGCAGAAGAAGGAUCAAUUUCAUUUCCCUUGUUUCAAGAAAUUAUGAAAAAACGAAGGGAAUCUGCUGAGAAGAUGACGACUUCAGAAUCAGAGCCUAAGGAAAAGAAAUAUGAAGAAGAAGUCAAAACGAAGAAGACUGAGAUUCUCGAUAUGACAGACUACAAGAAGAAGUUUCUGAAUGCAAGUAAACACUGUCGGGAAGCUCAAGAAGAGAUGAAGUUGGCAGUGAAUAAGGCGGAGAGAUUCGAGAAGAAAGCGAAGAGAACUGAUGAGUUGGAGAGGAAGAUGAAAGAGAUGGAGAAGGAAAUGCAGAGAAUGAAUAGAAAACUAGCCGCUCAAGCUCAACAAGCCGAGGAAAUCGAAAGGCUGAAGGCAAAGAUUUUAAAGAAGGAAACGGUGGAGAAGCAGUUGAGAGCUGAGAAGAAAGAACUUAUUCGAAAGAAUCAAGAACUCCAACUAGAAAUUUACAAGUCCAAGAAGACACCAUCCACCCCUGAGACCGCCGACGAUUUCCUGAAUCUCGAUGAGCUCCAGAAGAUGAAGGACGAUUUUCCGAGGGAAGAAAUUCUGAAUGAAAUGAAAGAAAUGGCUGAAAAAGUGCAAACGAUUUCUAAUAGCUCGGAGAACGUGAAGGUGGCAGAAUAUGAAUUGAUUCGAAUGGAGAAAACAAUAAAUAUUUAUUUGGACACUUUGGAGAUCAAUAUUCAGAAAAUCAAGAAAACCCACGACAACUCUGAGCUCUUCCCUCUCCCACGAGUCCCUUGCUUCUCUGAGAUGUUCCUGAGAAUCUACUUCGAUGAAAUUGACAAACUCCCCUCCGAUGCUCAAGGAAUUCCAGACACGGACUGUCUCAUCUGUCACGUCUUCCGGGAGUCAGAUGAGAAGACGAUCCAGUGUGCCACGUGUAAUAAGGUCUACCAUUUGGAUUGUGCUCAACAAUGGUUCAAGACGAAGAGGACAUGUCCACACUGCUGCGAAUGGUUCAAACCAACCAAGGAGUCAAUGGUUAAUAAUAAUAUUAAUAACUGUUGGAAAUUGUAA